UCAGUCUCUCGCUUAUUGUGUGAGCGAGUCGGUUCGUUAUAUUUCCCCCAAUUUAGUAGAAUCAACUCAGGGUUCAGGGAUUAUUUCCUGUCCUAGAUCCGACUCGAAGGUCGACAACGAGACCACUUGUCGGCCGGUUGUGUAGCAGUGUCAAAUAUUGAGCCGGGUUUCUGGCUACCGCAGAGCAGAUCCGACUCGCGCAGAUGAUUUCAGACCACAAUGAUGCAGACUUUGAAGAGAAGGUCAAACAGCUGAUUGACAUCACAGGCAAGGACCAGGAUGAGUCUAUGAUCGCACUGCACGAUUGCAACGGGGAUGUCAACAGAGCCAUUAACGUGUUGCUGGAGGGUAGCCCAGACACUGACUCUUGGGAAAUGGUGGGGAAGAAGAAAGGAGUGUCAGGCCAGAAGGAGACUAGCCAGGCAGAGACUGGAGAGGAAGGAAAAGAAAACAGGGAGAAAGGAGGAGAGAAAGAUGUAGCACGUCGCCGAGGUGGAGCUCCACGCAAGGGCCGCGGAGCCAGCAGGGGACGAGAGUUCCGUGGUCAGGAGAAUGGCUUGGAUGGAAGCAAGGCUGGAAUAGCUGGAAGAGGUGCAGAGCGAGGCCGAAGGGGAAGAGGCCGAGGAAGAGGGUCUGUCGGAGUAUCUGGACGGCGAGGAGGCAGAUUUUCGGCGCAGGGCAUGGGCCAGAUUGAUAAGGGGCCCAGAUAUGAUAUUGCAGGAGGUGAGAGAACAUUCAACCCUGCCGAUUAUGCGGAGCCAGCCCAGACAGAAGAAAACUAUGGGGGGGGCAGCACCUGGAACAACACAGGAAGCGUGGAGUUGGAGGAGGGAGCUAGGUUGGAAUACUCUGCAGGAGAGGGAACAAAUUACCCACCGAAGUUUGACUCUGCUCCUGGUGCCUGGAGGAGUGCCACAGAGGAAUGGGGCACUGAGGACUGGAAUGAGGAUCUUUCAGAGACCAAGAUAUUUACAGCUUCCAGUGUGGCGUCCAUGCCUCUUCCUCAAGAGAAUGUUACCAUCACCAAAGGACAGAGGAUUGACCUUGCGGUGCUCCUGGGGAAGACUCCCCCAUCCUCCUCCUCAGAGACAGAAAACGCCCCCAUGGAGGCCACCCAGCCUCCCUCCUUGUCCCAGUCACUGGUUUUCAGCAACUCCAAGCAAGGGGUGCCACUCUCCCAAACAUCCUCCAGCACCCCUUACACCCAGCACAGCAUGGUCAGCAUGCUGAGCAAGGGUUUCGGGGAUGUGGGCGACCCUAAAGGAGGUAGCACAGGGACCACUGGCUCUCAGUUCCUGGAGCAGUAUAAAACAGCCCAGGCACUGGCCCAGCUGGCAGCCCAGCACUCCCAGACUGGACCUCCCAACACAACCCCUUCAUCCUGGGACACCAGUGCCACUUCACUGGGGCAAUACGAUAUGAAGACUCAGCCAGAGUCCGCGGUCCAUACGCCCUUUACAAAGCGGCAGCCAUACCAGGCCGCCACCUCAACCUCGUCCAUGUUGGAUGUUUUCCUGCAGGACAAAGGCCUGCCUCCUUCCUCCUCUGUCUCCUCAUCUUCUUCCUUACCCCAACAAACAACAUCCUCACCCCAUGUGGUGCCUCCGCCUGCUUCCUCCCUUCCCAAAAUGGCAGCAGUUCCUUCUCUAGGUCCGCAAGUUUCCCCAAGUUCCUCAGAUGCCCAGAGUCCACUGCCUUUGCAGCAGCACAAACUCAAACAGCAGAAGAAGAGGACCUCCAUUACAACAAAGAUUCCUGCGAUGGCGGUAGAGAUGCCUGGCUCAGCAGACAUCUCAGGCCUCAAUCUUCAGUUUGGAGCGCUGCAGUUUGGGUCAGAACCAGUUCUACCAGAGUAUGAGUCCGCCCCAACCACUGCAACACCAGCCAACCAAGUUCAGAACAGCCUCUACACUAGCGCUAGCAGUGAGUCAACUCCAGCUCUCUCCAACUCCAGCCAGAUGGACCUUUACGAUCAGAGAGCAUCUCAGACACGACGCUACCCUCCCUCAGUCUCCUCCUCCCCUCAGAAGGAUAUGCAGCCCAAGAAUGGCUUCAGUUCGAUACAAGCAACACAGUCUGUGGAAGCUGCAGCAGGCUCUGCAGUAUCAGUCAAGCCGGCCUCUGAUUCAGUCACACAGGCAUCUGUCUCUAGCAUGGGCACUUUGACCGACAGCCCUGCUUCCUUGUUGACUGCAUCCAAUCAGACAUCCCUUAGCGCUCUGGGGCACAGCGAAGACCUGCCUCCAAGCACCAUUCCCCCUCCCCAGCACAACAACUCACACCCAUCACAACAGAACAGCCUUGCUUCAUCUUCAGUCCGGGCAUCCAACUCAAGCUUACUGCAUCCCAACGUAGACGGUGACUCAAGCCUGCACUCCUCCUCCUUCCCUUCCUCCGUCUCAGCCGUGCCGUCAUCAGUCCCCUCCUCCUCUGUGGCUGCUGCGCAGGUGUCACUAGGGGCCCCUCAGGCCUCCACAGUGGGCUCUGCCACAGUGUCAGCCCCCUCUGGCCUUGGCCCCGUCAGCAGUCUGGCCAUGGGCCUUAAUACUGCCUCCAUGGGUGCCCCAGCUGUAGCAGCCGCCACUAUUUCAGUCUCUACGACAGGCUCAGUGAUUCCUUCUUCAGCUACUUCCUCAUCUUCACGUGGCUCGGCAGCAUCCUCAGGGAAAGCACCUCCAAACCUGCCACCCGGAGUGCCCCCUCUACUGCCCAACCCAUACAUCAUGGCUCCUGGACUACUGCACGCCUACCCUCCUCAGGUGUACGGCUAUGAUGACCUACAGAUGCUGCAGACAAGAAUACCGCUGGAUUAUUACAGCAUCCCUUUUGCAACUCCCACAACAGCACUGACUGGCAGAGAGGGAAGCCUAACAAGCAACCCUUACUCUGCAGGCGACUUAUCAAAGUUUGGUCGAGGUGAUGCAUCAUCCCCAGCUCCAGCCACCACAUUAGCUCAGACACAACAGAACCAGACCCAGACACAUCACACCACACAGCAGCCCUUCCUCAACCCCGCGCUGCCGCCUGGCUACAGCUACACGAGCCUCCCAUACUACACUGGCAUGCCAGGCCUGCCCAAUACGUUCCAGUACGGACCUGCUGUGUUUCCGGUGGCUCCUACCUCGUCAAAGCAGCACGGUGUGAAUGUCGGCGUCAAUGCAUCAGCCACACCCUUCCAGCAGGCUAGUGGCUAUGGUUCCCAUGGAUACAGCACUGGCUAUGAGGAUGUGGGCCAGGCUUCAGGGAGUGGGGAUUUCUGUAAGGGCGGAUACGGCACUGCCGUGGCCGCUGCCGCUUCUGCACAAAACAAGCCAGCCAGCUCUGUCACCGGGCCUGGAGUCGGAGUCUCUGUGACAUCAAGCAACACGGGCGUACCAGAUAUUUCAGGGUCUGUUUACACAAAGACGCAGUCGUUUGAGAAGCAGGGUUUCCAUGCUGGCACGCCAGCAGCUUCGUUCAGCCUGCCCUCAGCUCUGGGGAGCGGGGGACCCAUCAACCCCACAGCUGCUGCUGGCUAUGCCCCGGCCCCCUUCAUGCACAUCCUGGCACCGCACCAACAACCCCACUCUCAGAUUCUGCACCACCACCUGCAGCAGGACGGACAGAGCGGCACUGGACAGCGCAGCCAGAACGCCUCCAUUCAGCAGAAGUCUCAGAUCAACAAGUCGGCAUACAACAGCUACAACUGGGGCGCAAACUAACAUCCACCGUCGAGCCCCCCCCAACCCCCACACUGUUGACAGAAGCUAGAAGGGGGCUCGUCACUCCUUCCGCAAACGGUCUCCACAUAUAAACUCCCUCUUCCUCCUGCAGAGAUUCCCUCCCCAGUCUCUUGGCCCAGCACUCCCGCAGCCCUGACUGCGGUCAGAGGAGGUGCUGUGCCGAGAGAACGAGCACUGUAAUGAUGCAUGGAUGGGUGGGAGGGACAGGAGGGGCUUAGAAAGAGAGGGGAGAUCGGAGCUUAAUGGUUAUAGAAAUACACCGUCAAGAGGUGAAAUAUUGAGUGUUGGGAAUUUGUAUCGUGUUAACACCCCCUCCCCCACCCCGCCCCACCUCCUUUUUUUCUUUCACUUGUAAGUAAUAUAGAACUGUUUUCUAAAAGAAUGAACGUUUCCUGUAUGGUCUUUUUUUUUUUUUUGGUCUUUUUUUUCCCCCCGGUUUUUU